AUGGUGAGUCCCAAGCUGCUCACUCUUGUUAUGGUGGUCCAACCUGGAAGGGUGCUGUUGGGCAUGAAGAAGAGGGGAUUCGGGGCUGGGAAGUGGAAUGGUUUUGGAGGCAAAGUUCAAGAUGGAGAAACUGUUGAGGAAGGUGCAAGAAGGGAACUCAUUGAAGAAAGUGGCCUCACAGUUGAUGCACUGGAAAAGGUGGGAAAUAUACAAUUUGAAUUUGUCGGCGAGACACAGCUGCUUGAUGUCCAUAUUUUUCGGGCUGAUUCGUACAUUGGAGAGCCAACGGAAACAGAAGAAAUGAGACCUCAGUGGUUCGACUGCGACAAAAUCCCUUAUGACCAAAUGUGGCCUGACGACAAGCUUUGGUAUCCGCUGCUGCUGCAGAAGAAAAAAUUCGUGGGCUACUUUCUCUUCCAGGGCCACGAUGUCAUUCUCCGCCAAAAGCUGGACGAAGUGAAGGAGCUGUGA